AUGGCAUCCCAAAACAUGGACUUCAAGUGCGCUCUGGUCACCGGCGGCGGCGGCGGGAUCGGCAAAGAGCUCGCGAGAUACUUCAUCUUCAAGGGCAAGAAGGUCAUCAUCGCCGGCCGCACCGAGUCGAACCUUCAAUUCACCGCAAAGGAGAUCAAAGCAGCAGGCUACUACGUCCUGGACACAGGCGCGAUAUCGGACAUCCCGGCCUUCAUCAAGCGCGUCACGUCCGAGCACCCCGAGCUCGACUGCCUGGUCAACAACGCCGGUGUGCAACGUCCACUGGAGGUCCUGAAGCAGGACGGAGAAGAAAUCCUCGCGAAAGCCGACCAGGAGAUCAACAUCAACAUCCGCGGGCCCAUGCACCUGGCCGUAGGCCUCCUGCCGCACCUGAAGAGCAAGCCGCACGCUCUUAUCGUCAACGUGUCCAGCGUGCUGGGCUUCGUGCCCUUCUCCAUCAUCAACCCCGUCUACAACGGCACCAAGGCCUGGCUGCACUUCUGGUCCAUGAACCUCCGGACCCAGCUGAAGGACACCAAGGUGCACGUCGUGGAAAUCGCGCCGCCGAUGGUGGAGUCGGACCUGCACCGGGAGCGUGAAGAUCCCGAUGACAACAAGAAGAAGAACAACUCGAAUGCUUUGACCGUGGACGAGUUCAUGGAGGAGGUGUCGAAGAAGAUGGAGAAAGGCGAUGAAAUGAUCAGCGCGGGCAUGGGUGCCAAGGUGGUAGAGAACUGGUACUCGGCGUUUGGCUCCAUGUACCCGGGCUAG